UGUUUUGACUGACUAAGUAGCUGCUGAGGACAUUUUCUCUACAUCGUGAUCUGCAUGUCAAAACUCUAAAUGCUGAAAUCGUUGGUGAAACAGCGACUCGACGCGGCCGCUGAGGAGAUAUUUGGGCUGUUUGAAAGAACAAUAGCAGAAUAUGAGGAGGAAAUAUCUCGUUUAAGAGAAAGUGAGCGACAACAUAAACUGCUGGAUGCUGUUUUCAGCCCAACAUGUCAGGUACACAGAUCAGUGUUUCCUGCGGAUGUCCAGCAGCUGUUGGUGAUUAAAGAAGAGGUUCCCCCCGAGUGGAGCCCCAGCCUGGACCAGGAGGACACAGAGCCCCUACACAUAAAAGAGGAACAGGAGGAACUCCGGACCAGUCAGGAGAGAGAGCAGCUUCAUGGGCUGGAGGAGGAUGAGGUCACCAGGUUCCCAUUUACUGCUGUUCCUGUGAAGAGUGAAGAUGAUGAGCGGAACCCUCAGUCUCCACAGCUUCAUCGAACUCUAACUGAAGACUACAGAGAGGCAGAGCCUUCAAACAGCAGCUCAGCUACACAGACAGAAACCGAUGGAGGAUCAGAACCUGCCAGGAACCUUGAUCCAGAUAGUCAUUUACACCCAAAUACUGAAGAACAUGCUUCAGACUCUUCAGACACUGAAUUCAGUUAUGAUGAGUGGCAAAAACCUUUGUCAGAUUCUGAAGCUGAAACUGAGGACAGUGACAAUGGUUGGAAGGAGACCAGGGCACCCGAGUCAGAUGAUAAUGCUCUGAGAUAUAAGCAAGCACCUGUAAGUGAUGUGAGUUGUAGUGCUGGAGAAAUGUCCUUCAGCUGCUUUGAGUGUGGUAAACAUUUUCACUACAAGGGGUCUCUUCAGAGACACAUGAUGUGUCAUUUAGGAAAAAGGUUUAGAGGGAAGCAAAAUGUAGAUUCACACACGAGAGUGCACACAGGAGAGAAACCAUUCGGUUGUGAUGUUUGUGGGAAGAGAUUUACGGUCCAGGGAAGUAUUAAGAAACACAUGAGAGUCCACACAGGAGAGAAACCAUUUGGUUGUGAUGUUUGUGGGAAGAGAUUUACAGUCCAGGGAAGUAUUAAGACACACAUGAGAGUCCACACAGGAGAGAAACCAUUUGGUUGUGAUGUUUGUGGGAAGAGAUUUACAGUCCAGGGAAGUAUUAAGACACACAUGAGAGUCCACACAGGAGAGAAACCAUUUGGUUGUGAUGUUUGUGGGAAGAGAUUUACACAACAAGGAUGUUUUAAGAAACACAUGAGAGUCCACACAGGAGAGAAACCAUUUGGUUGUGAUGUUUGUGGGAAGAGAUUUAAAGUCCAGGGAAGUAUUAAGACACACAUGAGAGUCCACACAGGAGAGAAACCAUUUGGUUGUGAUGUUUGUGGGAAGAGAUUUACAGUCCAGGGAAGUAUUAAGACACACAUGAGAGUGCACACAGGAGAGAAACCAUUUGGUUGUGAUGUUUGUAGGAAGAGAUUUACACAACAGGGAAGUAUUAAGACGCACAUGAGAGUCCACACAGGAGAGAAACCAUUUGGUUGUGAUGUUUGUGGCAAGAGAUUUACAGUCCAGGGAAGUAUUAAGAAACACAUGAGAGUGCACACAGGAGAGAAACCAUUUGGUUAUGAUGUUUGUGGGAAGAGAUUUACAGUCCAGGGAAGUAUUAAGAAACACAUGAGAGUGCACACAGGAGAGAAACCAUUUGGUUGUGAUGUUUGUGGGAAGAGAUUUACGGUCCAGGGAAAUCUGACGAGACAUAUGAUUGCGCACACAGGAUAGAAAUUGUUUACCAAACAUGUUGGUAAAGACCACAGCAGUUAUCAUUGUCUUUGGUUGUUUUGUUGUAUUUUAUUUUUGUCUUUCUUUUGUGUAUAUUUUUAAAAUAUGUAUAAAAAGUCUUCUGGUUAAAUGCUGCUUACUGCCUACUGAAGUUAUUCAAACUAAGUUUUUUCAAAUGUUCCCUUUAUCAAAGUUGUUGGUAAAGGAGAUGGAAUCGUUAUGGUAUGAAGAUAAGUGGCAGCAAACAAUUCUGUGAUGAAAGGAACAAAAAGAAACCAAAGACACGGCACGUCAGGGUAAACAUUUGUUUUUAAAACGCACAGUUUGUGUAGGUGUAAUUGUCUAAUUAAUAUACUGUAAAUUCAAAGUAUGUGAUGCAGUCAUCUGAAAUUCUGGAUUGCAUUGCAGUGUAAUAGGUGGAAGGGAGACCUUUAUAGUGCUUUCUUGGUUUGUUACUGAACCUUUGGCAACACUUUAUUUUACAGGUCCCAUUGUUUUCUGAAAUUUCCUAGAAAUAAGCUGAUAUGUAACUGUAAGCUCCUCAGAAGGUUCCUGGAAAUGUAUGAUUGUUAAUAUAGGGAAAGUGGAGACAGUGUAUUUGCCAAAUCCAAUAAAUUGCUAAUAAAACCUA